AUGCACGCUCCCGUCAGACGGAGCGUCGCGGUUCCCUCACAGGGAAAAAGGCGUUGCCCAUCCCUCCCCAAAAGCACCACAACACAAACAGCCGCCACGGUCUCCCCGUCCCCUCCCCCCAGCCCGUCCGGAAAAGGAGCGAGUGAGGGCGCAGACGCCCUUGGUCAAAUCCUCGUGAGACUGUCCUCACCGACGCGUCUGCGAAUGAACCUGCAGCCAGAGGAGCCACGGGGCACGUUCAGACGCGCUCGCGGCCGCCGGGGCCCUGGAGGGGGCGAGAGAGAGCGCGAAGUUCCCGGGCGCGUCUCGGGAGGAAAACUUUGCGCGGUGCGGAAAGCUCGGGCUGAGGAAGCGGCGGCGGCGAGCGGAGACUGCGCCCGCCGCCACGCUGUCCCCGCGCCGCGCUCCCGGACCGUCAGCGCCUCGGCGCCCAGUUCUCCGUCUGGCCCCCCCGCGUGCCCCCUCCCGUCAGCUCCGGAGCGCUCUUUCCGCCCCAGAACGUUGCCUUAUCUCCCGGCCGCUCGGCAUUCGCACUUCGGACCCACGACCACCCCCAAAAUCCAGUCACCCCUACUGGCCACCGCGGUCCUCCCACCGGAGCAGCAGGUGACCCGAAACCAGCCUUACCUGCCGCGAACUCUUCUCGCCCUCUCUCUGUGCCCGCUGUCUUUUCCGGGAGAGAGGAAGGGGAUGCAGGCGGUGGGCGUGCGAGGCGGCGACCCGGGACACCGGCGCGACCUCCUCUGAGCGGCAGCCCUGGCUGAGCCGCGGAGCCGCCGGCGGCCCUGACGGAGCGUAGAGGCUGCGGCCGCAGAGGCCAGGCCGGGAGGCAGGGGGCGCUGCUGCCCCCCGAGCGCCCUGCCGGGAGCGGCGCGGAGCCAGGCACCAGCUGGAGCUGUGGGGAGGCGAGGGUGGCGAGGAAAGGCACGCUCGGAGCGGGAGGGCGGCUUUUAAGUUUGUGGUGUGACCGCAGCAGCUGUCCCGGGAGAGACUCAGUCUUUCUAAAAAGGGGAUGCUCAGAACGCCGGGGAUUACCUCUCCCCUUCCGAUCUCCUCCCCCAGCCCUCGGCCCCCCUUCCCUGUGCGCACGCCAGUCCUCCCCAGCGUGCAAAAGUCCAUCCCAGUCGGCGCGCGGGCUGUCAGCAGCGUGGAUUAAAUGUAGCUCCGGCCGCGCUGGGGGAUGUUUUUCCGGACAGGGCACUCUGUAUGUAAAGGAAUUUCUGACGUUUGAGCCCGCGCCCGGGUGGCUUUGGGGCCUGUUUAUUCUAUACCAUAACGUCUCCAAGGACUGCCUGCUGAAAAAACAGGACAAACACUGUCUCAAAAACUCUAAGCCUCAAAAAGAGGAGCUGUGUUCCAGUAUGUAAAACCCCGAUCCACUGUUACUGGCCUCGAAAGAGCAGGUGUUGAGGAUGAGCGACAGAGAUCAGCCCUCCACUACGGGGCUGGCACCGAGGAAGGACCAAGCAGGAGGCCAACAGAAAACAAACACACACACACACACACACAAAAUGAUCAAAAACAUUGGAAAUCUGAGCCUGGAGAAACAACAGUGGUGACUUUGAGAAGGUGAAAACCUCACCUUAUUCUCAACUAUUCCAUCACAUCUCACCCUACACUGCCACUGGGAAAUGUGAGAAGAGAAGGGUGGCAAAGAAAGUGAAGGAACUGAAGUCCAGAAAAUUUAAGUAACUUGUCUAAAUACCUGCAGUCAUCCAGAGGUAGGGGAAACCCUGGAAUCCUGGUAGGUGAUUGGUGCCGUGUUCUUUACUCUACAGCACAAUUCUUCU